UUUAACAAUAAUAAUAAUAAAUAGUGUUUGAAAUCGCAAAAAUUGGGAGUUAUUUUAAAAUUUGUCGCCAACCUCGGGGUGAAAGUCCCUAGUUUGUAGUUUGUUACCAAUCCCCACACUCAGCUGAUUUUCGCCACUUGUCAACGAUUUUACAAAUUUCCAGUGUCAGUUUUCUAAAAAAAGUGCGUGCUGCAGGAGGUAAGCCCCCCAGAAUCCGGUUUUGUUCCAGCUGUGAUUGGAGAAAAUGUCGCACUACAGUGAUGCCGAAGACUCCAUCGACAUAGCCGAAAUGGGGGUGCGCAAGAGGAAGAUCUGGGACCCCGAGACAGAAUCCAUCACUUCCGAGAUCAAGGAAUUGUUAGACGACGAUGUUAAUUCGCUUGUUGAGGAGGACUGCGUGGGGUGUCCUUUGCCCUCCACGCCUGAGGAUGAGAAUUUGCUCGAUUCGGAGAUGAGCGAUGUGUUGAAAGCCGCCGUUUUAGGUACAGGUGAUGAGCUCGACAUCACCACACUUGCCCACAAUGCCGCCAGCCAGGCCGAACACGUGGUCCGUAAGAUGCUUCAAGCUGGUUGGUCGGUUUGUCACUUCCGCAACCUUCCAGCUUGGCUCCAAGACAACGAUUUCCUUAUUUUCGGCCAUCGACCCCCACUUCCCAGUUUCCGUGCUUGUUUCAAAAGCAUUUUUCGCAUCCACACCGAAACCGCAAAUAUUUGGACACACCUUCUUGGAUGCGUGGCAUUCAUAGCUAUCGCUAUCUUUUUCCUGAUGCGACCAUCGAUGGAAAUCGAGCUUCAGGAGAAGAUUGUCUUUGGGGCGUUCUUCGCGGGGGCUAUCAUCUGCCUCGGGAUGUCGUUUAUGUUCCACACAGUCAACUGUCAUUCGCAAUUUAUCGGAAAGUUGUUUUCUAAACUGGAUUAUUGCGGGAUUGCCAUGUUGAUAAUGGGGUCGUUUGUCCCAUGGGUGUAUUAUGGGUUCUACUGCCAUUUCCGACCAAAGGUGGUUUACUUAUCAGUGGUUUGUGCAUUGGGGAUUACCAGCAUUAUGGUUAGUCUAUGGGACAAGUUUUCGGAAUCGGGUUGGAGGCCCUUCAGGGCGGCUGUUUUCAUGACUUUUGGUCUCAGUGGGAUCGUCCCAGCCAUCCAUUAUGGGAUUGUCGAAGGAUGGUUUAAUAAAGUGAGUCAAAAAUCGCUCGGAUGGUUGAUUCUAAUGGGGCUGUUGUACAUCAUGGGGGCCAUGUUGUAUGCAUUGAGAGUGCCCGAGAGGUGGUUCCCCGGGAAAUUCGAUAUCUGGUUGCACUCACAUCAAAUUUUCCAUGUUUUUGUACUAGGGGGCGCUUUCGUGCAUUAUCAUGGAAUAUCAGAGAUGGCCAUGUACAGGGUGACGAUAGGGCAAUGCGAAAUGCCUGACAUUCCCAUUUAUUAACCAAAGAUCUUGAUUUUCUAAAUAAAAUUUUGCAAAUCUAAUGAUUUGUGCUUUAUGUUAUGUCAUUGGUUGUUUAUUGUUACGUGUAAGAUAUAUAGCACAAGUCACAGACGAGUGCGGUCAAGACUCGAGAUGGUGGUUUUUAGUUCACUCCUAGUGUUAAUCAAGCUUUGGAUAAGGCUUAGUAUAAAAUGAGAAAAAAAAAUAUAUUUUGCUAUUAUCACCAACAUUUUUGAGAAAGGUAUAUCCUCUUGUAAGUGUAUUACUAUUACUAUUAUAUAUCAAUAUUGUAUAAAAAAAAAUGAUACUGAAUUUAGAUAUAUUUUUAGGUGUUUUAUCUGUACUUAUCUGGGUCUUGAAUUUUUUUUUCACAGGUGUCAUUAAAAUUUCGCUGUAGUUUAGUUUACAAUUUUGUGAUAAUUUCAGUAGAAACUCUCUAUUUAUUGUUACACUUGAAUUUUGUUGUAGGUUAUUGUUUUUAAAUAAAUUGUAAUGUUGGACAUGGAAAUACAUCAUGUGAC